AUGUUUCAGGCCCGGUCCUGUGGCACACUGACUUACAUUUGGGAAACAUUUUUGUUUCCCCAGAUCUGCCCGGCACUAUUGAAGGGAUCAUCGAUUGGCAAUCGUCUCAGAUCUACCCUUUGUUCAUACAAGGCUCGAUUCCCAGAGUUCAUCAUGCCACCUAAAGACUAUCAUGUGGGACCUCGCUUCCCGGGGUUGCCAGAUGGUGACGAGGACCUGAGUCCCGAGCAACAGAAACAGGCCACCAACGACAACGAGCUGGCAUCGAGGUCCAAAUACUACGAGAUGUCCAGUCUUGCAUCUAAUAAGAGCGUCUAUGAGGCCUUGAAGCUGGACCGCAGAUUGUGGGAGCCUUUCACAUGUUGCCAGCUAUUCUUCCACGGUAGCUUGGCGUUUAUUCCAGGACUGGGCCUCACUGGGCCUCCCGGGGUAACUGCCCCUCUUAUGAUGACAGAGAAUGAAUGUCAAAAACAGUAUGAACAAAAAGUGCAAUACGAAUACAGGCUUUAUCUGUGGGAUCUCGUGAAGAGCCAGCUUUGCAUCGACAGGGCCGGCUGCGUUCCAAAUAACAGAUGGGAGGCAACCUAA